AUGGUUUUUGGAUAGUGAAGGAAAGUCCUUUCCAGCAUAUAUUCUUGUGAUACUUUUUUUUUUUCAACUUUUUGAUAUAUUUUUGUAAUGGCUGUUUGGGUAGCUAUUAAGGUGGCCUUUACUCUCACUCUUAUUUUGGAAACCAGCUUGCUCAUUUUCUGUCUUCCUGUUCUUUCCUGGGGGCUUUGUGCUUUCCUAUAAAACAGUCAGCAGAGUGUAGAGCAGCUAAACAAGUCGGAUGGGAACGCAUGCAGACAUGAGUCCUCUAUCCAAGGUUGUGAAUAAGGAAGAAAUUAAAACUGACUCCCACAAACUUGUCAAUGAUGAUGAUAAUGACCACAGACAUGCAGAUCAACUGCUCCCCUGGAGGUUUAGCAGUGCUGACACUGGACCUGGAGACACUUUUGUGGGGGCCAAGGUAGAGCCCCAAGUUGGGACUGGUGUCAAAGCUGGAUUUGAUAUAGGGUUCGAUACUGGAGAUGGCGUUACAUUUGGGACCAGCAGCAACAGUGUUACAGUUGCAGACAUGAAAGGUCAGAUCCAAGAAAAUGGGACUGGGGUUGAAGCUGGAAUUGAAGCUGUGAGUGAAGUCGGGAAAACAGUCAGAGAUAUAGCCAGGGCUGGGGCUGGGAAAAAUAGGGCCGGGAUCGUACCCUAUGCUCUUCCCUGGAGCGCCCAUCCCAGAUCCAAAGACCGGAGGUACCGCAGCAGUCACAGACUGGUGCUCCACUACAUCAUCCCCAGCAUGAACUCCUAUGGCAUGUGCAUCAUUGACAACUUCCUCGGGAGCAAAAUUGGAGACCGGGUUCUGCAAGAGGUCCAAGAGCUGCACCACUCCGGGAAGAUGCAGGACGGCAAGCUGGCCAGCAGAGGCCUGGACAACACUAGGAGUAUUCGUGGAGACCAGAUCGUUUGGGUGGAAGGAAACGAGCCGGGCUGCGAGAACAUCGGCUACCUGCUGUCGAAGAUGGACAAACUGGUCACCUACGCCGAUGGGAAGUUGGGGAAGCACAAGAUCAGAGGAAGGCACAAGGCUAUGGUGGCGUGUUACCCAGGAAAUGGGGCGGGUUAUGUCAAGCACGUGGACAAUCCCAACUGUGAUGGACGCUGCAUCACCUGCAUCUACUACCUCAACAAGAACUGGAAUGCCAAGGAGCAUGGCGGCAUCCUCAGGAUCUUUCCAGAAGGGAAGUCGUACGUGGCAGACAUCAAGCCACUUUUUGAUAGGCUGCUCUUCUUUUGGUCAGACCGCAGGAACCCACAUGAAGUGCAGCCUUCCUAUACCACCAGGUAACUCGCCAACCAACCCAUCAGUACCCCAAUUCAUGAGGCAGCUUCUCCUGUAACUACUACAGACAUGAUGACUUGGACCAUCUGCCUUU